AUGCAAAAUGAGAAUGCCUACCAAGUCAAAAGGAAAUUAGGGAAUGGCUCAUUUGGUUGUGUAUAUUUAGUGAGUGAUGUCAAGAGCAAUCAAGAAUUUGCCUGCAAAAUUGUAUUGCACAUAUCCUUUAUUUUAGGUGUCCAAAUCUAUGCUGGGUAAAUAUUAGGCUGAGGGGAUGGUGAGGUAGGAGAUUCAAAUUCAAUCAAGCAUCAACCACAGAAACGUAGUAAAAGUGUUUAAUUCAUUUGAAGAUACUAAAAACAUCUACAUCAUUUUAGAAUAUUGUAAGUAAGGUCAAUUACAACUCCCCUCACAACCUUAUACAAACAAGCAACUCAUCCAAUUCCUCAACCAAAUGCUCAGCGCUCUUGAUUCUAUUCAUCAAAUGAAUCUUGUACAUAGGGAUAUCAAAGUAAGUAACAUCUCCCCAAUUCCAGUUAGACAACAUCCUUGUUCACGAGGAUGGAACUUACAAAAUUUCAGACUUCGGAUGGGCUACCCAAAUUUCUUAAAUUAAACCUAUCCUAUGUGGUACUACCGAGUACAUGCCUCCAGAAGUUGUCAAUAACUAAAUUCAUGACCAUAAGGUAGACUCCUGGUCGUUAGGGAUUGUACUCUAUGUACGAAUGUCAAUUAUUCUAGAUUCUUACUCAUUGCAGAAAGCCUUUCUCUGCUAAGACAGAUCGUGAAUUAAUAAAAUAAAUUUCUGAAAAUGAAAUUGAAAUUGAUACUUAAUUGGAUGAGAAUCUAUAAAUUCUCAUUUAAGCAUUACUUACCAAGGAUCCUAGUUAUAGACCCAACAUAUAAUAGCUGUAUUUCAGCAAGUGGAUUAAAUUCUAAAUGAAACAACAUAAAAUAUUCAAUAGAUAUGAACAUGAGAAGUUAAAGAAUAAAUUCAGAAAUUAAAAGAUUGAAAUCAAGUCUGUUGACAAUCGGUAAUCAAUAGAAUUCAUUUUAGUGCCAUUUAAUUAAGAAAGAAGAAGCAAAUACUUCAAGAUUGUUCUCUAUCUCAUAGUAUAAGUACUUAAUUGAGUAAUUGCGACAUGAACGAGUCAGGAAUAAUAGAGAGAUAAAAAUAAGAAAAACUAUGA